GCCCAGCGCCCUGCGGGGUGACCCCGGCUCCCGAGCGCCCCGGCUGGGGGAGACGGGGCCGCCGUGAUCCGGAGCGCCAGGACCCGCUGGUUCUGCAGCUCUGGGCAGAGGCUACCAGUGAGAUGGUGAAGGCGCCGGGAUGUCCCGGGCUGCACCAGCCCUCGGGUUACCUCUCCACGGCUCUGUUCCUCGCGGCGGUCUGCGGCUCUGCUGCCGUCCUCAGGAGCAAAGAUUGCCAGUUCCCGGACCCCUCUGAUCACACUACCUACAGGUGUGUGUCCCCGGUGUGCAGGCUGUCUCUGGGCAGCGGCGUGGUUAAGGCUGGCUCCGUGGUGCAGCAUUUCUGUGAAGCCGGCUACGUCCUGGCCAGCCACCCUGGAAUCUCUGUCUGCAAGGGCGGCCAGUGGAGCGUGCUGAAGCCGGUUGUCUGCAAGCCCCUGGCAGGAUCCCCGGUGCCUCACCCUGGCUCCGUCAUCGCUGUCUCCUCCAUCCCCGUGGUGGCUGCGGCCUCGGUGACAGUGUCCGCCCUGCUGCUGGUGGCCAUGGUGUGUGUACUGGUGGGGCCGAAACCCUGUGGCUACUGGUGCUGGAGGUGGUACGAGCCCAUGGAGGAGUCCGAGGUGAGCACAGUCGACAGCUGCCCGGUGCCGCUCCCAUCCUAUGAGGAGGCUGUCUAUGGCUCCCAGGGGGGGCCUGUGCUGCCCGCCCCCCCCACGCCGACGCCCCUCGUCCUCUGCAGGGGUCUGGCCCCCCCAUCGGAAGCAGCCGAGCCCUGUUGGAAUCCAGAGGCCACCACCCCGCCUCCUUCCUACCAGGAGAGCCAAGCAGCAGCUGCGGGCAGCUCUGGCCUGGCCCGGCCCACGGUGCCCCCUGCCUGGUUCCUAUUCCCUGGGGCUGCAAAGGACCUGUGCAGGUAGCCGGGGGUGCCGGGAGUUCCCUGGCAGGGCCUCGACACUACAGCAGAGACUCCUCAUUUGACGCACAUGCAGCCUGCUCCAUCUUUUAACUUGCUGGGGGGAGAGGACACUCUCCCCACCCCCAGUUACUCAGCAACUUGUGAAGCUGAUGAGACCAAAGCAGCCCCCCUCGGACGGGCAUCUGCAGCCUUCUGCCUGGAUGGGG